AUGGCCCCCUCAGCUAUCGACGAGGCGCCCCAACUCGCAGGGCGCAAUCCACCCAAACCUCCACCCAAGCUCUGGAGCGUGUCGGAACCGCCUUUUGAAGGCUUCAGACCCAUCGACAAAGAAGGAUGGUCGCGUAGCAACGGCGAAACUGCCAUCGUAAUUGACAAUGGCUCGUCCGCAGUCCGCGCUGGGUGGUCUUUUGACUCCAAACCCCGGUUAUCAGUGUUGCCCAACAUGGCGAGGUACCGCGACCGCAAGCUCAACCGAACCUUUACCUUUGUUGGCUCAGAUGUCUACGCCGACGGUACGGCGCGAGGACAGUCCAAGCCUGUCUAUGAGCCUGGCAGCAACGUCGUGAACAAUUGGGACGUCAUGGAGGGCGUGCUUGACUACUGCUUUGUUAAAAUGGGUGUGGAUGGACGCUCCGGGCGCAUAGAUAGACCCAUCGUCAUGACAGAGCCCGUUGCGAACCUGGGCUAUUCACGAAAGACCAUGUCGGAAAUCCUCUUCGAGUGCUACGGCGCACCAUCCGUCGCAUACGGUAUCGACUCGCUCUUCUCCUACUCAUACAAUGGCGGUCGCAACGGCCUGGUCAUGGACUCUUCGUACACCUCUACGCACAUUAUUCCCGUAGUAAACUCCAAGCCCUUGUUGUCACAAACCACGCGUCUGAACUGGGGUCGCUUCCAGUCCGCGCAAUACCUGCUCAAGCUACUGAGGCUGAAGUACCCUACAUUCCCCGGAAAGAUUAGCGACAACCAGGCUGAAGACCUCGUUCGAGAGCAUUGUUAUGUAUCACAAGACUACGAGAAUGACCUGAGCCGCUACCUGGAUUGGACGGGCCUGGAAGACCGAGACCAUACAAUUCAGUUCCCUUAUACUGAGCAGAUCGUGGUGCAAAAGACCGAGGAAGAGCUGGCAGCUGCAGCGGAAAAGCGCAAGGAGAGUGGUCGUAGGCUGCAGGCCCAGGCGGCAAAGAUGCGUCUGGAGAAGCUGAAGAAGAAAGAAGAAGAGCUGGAGUGGUGCUUGCAGUUGCAGACGCAACUGGAAGAGAUUACCACGAAAAAGGAAAAGGCACGGAUACUUGAGUCAAAUGACUUCGAUGACGAGAACCAGCUCAACAAACGAGUCAAGGAACUGGAAGCCGCAAUCAAGAAGGCUCGUAACAAGGACCUUGGCGAUGUAGAGGAGGAGCAGGUCGAAGCACCUACAUUCCCCCUGUUGGAGGUUCCGGAUGAUCAGCUUGACGAGGAGGGUAUUAAGCAAAAGCGACAGCAACGAUUGAUGAAGUCAAACUACGAUGCACGCCAACGUGCGAAGAUUGAAAAGGAGAAGGAGAAGGCACGGCAAGCAGAAGAGCAACGACUUGACGACCAACGGCGGGAAACCGAUCCUCAAGGCUGGAUAGAAGAGCGCCGAAUAGCUCGCCAAGCCAUUAUCCAGAAGAUGAAGGACCGUGAGCGUCUCAAGGCUGAACUUGGAAACCGCAAGUCGCUCGCCAACCAAAUGCGAAUGAAGUCCAUCGCCAACCUUGCCUCGGACGCACCCACCAAGAAGCGGCGACGAGGUGGUGGUGAUGAUGACACCUUUGGCGCCGACGAUGCAGACUGGGGUGUCUACCGCACCAUUGCUACAGGUGAAGGUUCCGACGACGAAGAAGAAGAAGAUCUUUCCAAGAAUCUUAAAGAAAUCGAAUCCCAGCUUCUCCAACACGACCCCGACUUCACCGAAGAAUCAACCCGCGAAGCACAAACAGACUGGACAAAAUCCAUCCUCCAUUCCUUCCUCCACGGUCCCUACCCUUACGACGCCGAGUCCCAAAGGGAAAUGAACCAAAUCCACCUCAACGUUGAACGCAUCCGCGUCCCCGAAGUCGUCUUCCAACCGACAAUCGCAGGUCUCGACCAAGCUGGCAUUGUAGAAAUUGCCUCGAAUAUUCUCACAGAGCGUCUGGCAGAUUCGCCCCACCGCGACGACGUGUUGAAGGACAUUUUCCUCACAGGUGGCAACACCAUGUUCCAGGGUUUCGAGGAACGCCUGCGCUCUGAACUCCGCGCCGUGCUCCCCGCUGAACAAACCAUCAACGUAAGAAAAGCUGGGGACUGUGUACUUGAUGCCUGGCGUGGCGCGGCCCAAUGGGCGGGCAAGAAGGAGUCGAGGCAACAUUUUGUCACUAGGCAGGAAUUUCUGGAAAAGGGUGCCGAGUAUAUCAAGGAGCAUGACCAGGGGAAUGCUGCUUAUUAG